AUGGCGCGAACCAAACAAACCAAAAGAAAAACAUGCCCAAACACUGAAGAAGAACGAAUCGAAAAGAUUAAACAACGUAAAAUCCUUCUUGGUCAAGAAAAUCACUCAUGGAAAAGAACCUCUCCUUCCUUCAUUCUCUACCCGACCGAUAUUUCCAUCCGCUGCACGAUUACCAACUCUGAAACUGAUCCGAAUUCUAAUCAAUUAUUAUUAUUAUUGGGAAAUAAGUUUGUAGAACAUGUAUGCUCUGAUUCAACUUGUCAUUGCGAUCUUCCACGAAUUAAUUGGCAAAAAACUGGAUUUUAUACACAAUUUUUUAGUGAUGUUUUGGUUAACCCUAGAAAUGAUUAUACGUUCCUAGGUGAUGGGGAAGCUAGUGAAGAGUAUUCAGAAAGGGCAAUGAAUAUUCUUGAAAAAGUGUUAAAUAAUGUUCAAGCUUAUGAAAUGAAUACGAAACUGAUCGAAUGUGAAAGAAAAAAAGAAAGUAUCAACAGUAUUACCAUUGAAUAUUCAACAUGUGGAUCAAAGUGUUAUUACAAAUCAAAUUGUGAUUAUGAAUAUGAAUUUGUAGUAUUACUAGUGAGCGAGGAUGAACAUCUUGCAUUUGGACAUAUUGGAUGUCAUGCUUUCUAUUUAUUACCUGGAUUGGAAUAUUUAAAUUCAGAUGGAAGUUCACCCAAUGUCUGCUCUGAUUCCAUUAUAACCUAUGAUGAGGAGAAUGAUAUGUACCAUCCAAAUAUUAUUCCACUUUCUAAGGUUUUGAAAAAAUCGAAAGAAUUUUUAAGAAAUGUUUUAGAUGACAGAUAUCACUAGAGAGUUUAUUUUACAUAUUUGAAUUAUUGACUGGUACUGUAACAAUAAAAUUUAUUUUUU